UACAAUUCACAACUGGAUUGAGUCAAGGCAACUGAGAGACACGCCAUAAAGACUUAAACAGCAGGUACACCCGAAAGUCCAAAACACUUGCCUUUGAAAUGUAUCUUCAGCUUCAAAACAAGACGUGGCUGUGCGAUCUACACCUGAAGACAUGCCUCAGCGACUGGGACAUGAACGAGGAGAUGAAGCUGGCCGCAACUACUGACCAGUUCUUUCAAGAUGAGAAGCUGAAUGACCAGUACCUGGUUCGAUGGCACUAUGCACGCUUCUCCAGGCGCAGCUCGUCGGGGUUGGAGGAAACGCAAGCCCCGCUCUACACUGAGAAGGAAGUCUCCAGGGCAGAUCUUUUAGAGGUCUUAUUUCUGUCCCCCCAACACACAGAAUCUAACUUCCAGCCCAGUCUCUGGUUGAUGGUGAACCCCAGGCUGGCCUGCCCCAUCAAGUACCCACAGGUGGAGCAGCCCAAGCCCCAGCCUGGUCCCCCUCUGAUGGAACCGAAACACUCGCCCCUGCCCCCUGCCCCUUCCUCCCAUUCAACUAGAGAGGAUCUGAGCCUGGACGAGUCCCUGCUCUACACGUCUUCAUCCAGCGAGUACAUGUUCACAGAUGAUGACGCUUCGUCCCUCGAUAUCCCUGUUCCGCGGAAACCCAAAAGCUCUCCCAAGCUGAGGAAGAAGCCCCUGAAAGAGAAGGCAGUGAAAAUCAAGUCCCUGAGCAAGAGGCUGCAGAAGGUCCUGCAGGAGAGCAACAACCUGAAGAAGGGGUGCUGGCCGCGGCCGCCUAUCAACUACUGCAUCCUCAUCGCCAUGGCCCUCAACAGCAGCUGGAGCGGCAGCCUCAACGUGCAGCAGAUCUACAACUUCACACGAGAGCGCUUUCCCUUCUUCCGCACGGCUCCCGACGGCUGGAAGAACACGAUCCGCCACAACCUGUGCUUCAGCAACAGCUUUGAGAAGACGCCGCAGCUGGUGUGCAGCCAGGGCAAGCGCAAGUCCUGCCUGUGGAGGCUCACCGUGGACGGGCGGCGUCGACUGCGCAGAGAGAUCCAGGGGCUCUCCGGCGACUCCUUCAAGGUGCUGCGCAUGAGCAUGAUGGAGCCAGAUUUGAUCACUGGCUUGUUAGAGAUGUAAUCCCCCUCCAUUAACAGCGAGUGGUCGAUUCCGGCCUGACGCCCUCUUGUGGACAAAGAUGUUACUACCACUGAGCAGGCUGCAGCUGUUCCCAGUUCACAAUGAAUUGUGCCUCCAUGGUCCCUAAGCUUCUUCACACAGAGCCCACACUUUGAAGAACAAGGUUUGGUGAUGAAAUCACCAAGUGGACUCGUCUGCUUUUUAUGUUUUAAUGAAUGCUGGAAGACAACGGACCAUGCAGUUCUUGAGGCACUACGUUUAAUUUCCUCGGGUUUCUGCAGAAGUGUUUGAUUUAUAAUUCACUUUACAGUCCUUGUGUGUGUUUAUCGGUACAGAUUUGUAAGGAAUACUGAACGCAGUCUGUACCUUACUGAAAGAGCCUAUUAUAGUCUCUUUUCAUUUUUUCAAUAGAAAACUAGACUUGUGUAAAUAAUGUAAACAAUGAGUAUUUUGUGUGUAUAUAUACUAGGAAAUUACAUUACAUUGAUUGAAAAUUUGGUUGCAACUUUUCCCCCAAUUGCUGUGUAUUAACCAGUAAACCUGUUUUCUUUUCUGCUGCUUUAUAAAUACAGCUCCUACCUCUAGAAAUUCAAUUCUGACAAAGAUGUUCCUCUUGUUCUGAAAAAGAAAUAAACAUAUUUAUCAAUUUC